AUGUCUACUCUCAAUAACUAUACAACACGACAAGCUGCUUCAAUUGGUCUUCAACCAGGUAAUUUAAUUGGUGAAACACAUUAUAUAACUGAAAGUCAAAUAACUCCACCGAUAAAACAACGUAUUCGAAGUAAAAAACUUUUAAGCACAAAUAUAAGUCGAUGUCAAUGCUGUUGUCCACCAAUUGCAUCAUCUUUAUGUCGUUCAUGUUUAUGUCCUUGUUGGGCAUAUUUACUUAUUGGUCUUCUUUUAACAUUACUUCUUGCUGCUUUAGCUGUUGAACUUGGUUUUCUUGCUAGAGAAAAAAUUAUUAAUCGAAGCAUAAGAUGUACAGAUGUAUUAAAUGUCACUCUUUAUUUAAAUGAAACUGGAGGAUCAACAAUACAACCUAGUUCAACUUCAAAAAGUAUCCCGGAAUGUCCACCUACUGGAGAGAUAGUUUCAUCUGGAACAUCUAUGUGGGCAUCUUUUACUUACAUAUUUUUUAUUAUCAAUCUGAUCAUUUAUUUAAUAAAAAAUUGA